CUAACCUUUGCGAUACCCUUGAGGGAGUCAGUAUGGAGCAUCGUUCAAGUGAUGCAGUGGCCCUUCGAUCGACGCAGCGAGCGCCGCGGAGUUGCCUGUCAUGCUCAUCUCGUAAAGUCAAAUGCGAUAAAUCUGUUCCUUGCUCACGGUGCAUCAAGCGUGGCCAGGCUGAAUCAUGUGUCAGGGAAAUGGUCCUUAUUCGCGGCCAGGUGACCACGUCUGUGAAUCAUCCUCAUUUUGUUUUUUUUAUUGAAUCUGAUAAGAUAACAGAUGGCAAGACGGUCCCGAACCUCCAACAUACCAAGAGCUCAAGGAAGAGAAUCACCGUCUACGACGAGAGAUCAUGGCACUCAAGUCGCGGGAAGGCCGCCGACCAACCAUUAAUCCUGCACAGGCCCAGCAAUUCGAAAACUCACUGGAUGAUGUAGAGUACACCCCAGGUGAGCUUGAUGAUGGCUUAUGGGAAAGCCUUGCCUCGGAAUCCAACAUCGACAGGUCAUCUGUAUUGAACUGGGCGGAUAUCAUACUGCCCGACGAAGAUACUAGCAAGAAACUUGUAGAAUUUGACAGGACGUGGAACUCUUGGGUACAUUAUGCCCUGGAGUAUCCUCAGUUCAAGGACGAAUGUGACCAUUUUGUCAGCAGUCUAGAGAAAGUUUUAGCGCUCGAUAAGGCUGACGUUUCAUGGCUCGCUCUCUACUUCAGUGUCCUCAGUACAGCACUUUUGAUGAUGGAAGACAAUGAAGCUCAAAGUCUGCAGCUACCGAAUGACCUUCCCAUGGAACAGGUGUCUCGAAAUUGGUACGACGCUGCCAUAUUCUGUCUCCACAAAGCAGACUUCCUGCGGGUCGCCAAUGUACACAACGUGCAAGCAAUAGCUGUUCUGUGCAUGACCUUCAACAACCGUGGAGAUUCGGAGAUGGGUCAUCACUUGCGAGUUUCUGCGAUUCGGAUCGCCCAAACUCUACGCUUAGGUCAAGAUAAUGACAAAAGAGAAGGACAGCACCUCAGCAUCGAGGCAGAGCGUCGUCUAUGGUGGACGCUAGUAAUCUGCGAGUGGUUGAACUUGACGCAUCAAUCACCAGUUAUAGACGAAUCCGACUUCAAAGUCUCCUUACCAUCGAUUCCCCAUCCCGCGCCACAGGGAGGUCUUGUAGACCCCGUCCACUAUCACAUCUUCAUGGCUCGGACAUCCCAAGUCAUAUACACAUUUCGCAUAUCACUGAAAUACGGCUCAAAGUCCCUGAAUAAUGUUGUCGACAUCGUCAAGGCUGCGGAUGAGGGGUUGGCAAGUAUCAUAGACACAUUGCCUGGCCACCUGCAACCCGAGAGUGACGCAGUCACUAACACAGAGAUACAAGCCCUUGAGGCUACUCAGCCGUGGAUCAAAUGGCAACGGUACGAUUUGACUCUCGUGUUGUUGCACCUUCGAAUGCACAUCAACCGUGUUCUCCAAAACCAGUGGCUAUCAUCUCCCGAGGAAUAUCAUUGGGCACGAACAGUCAGCGUCACAUCUGCCAUGAGCCUCAUUUGGAUUAAUCGAAGCUGGGACCAGCCAGCUUCAACCAGAAAGCAGUGGGCACUUUCGUAUCAUAUUUACUCUUCGGCUAUGUUUCUGCUGCGGGAAUGCCAAAGUACCAGCUCGAAGGACAACCGGGAGUACCUCGAGGCUAUUGAAGCUGGGCUUGUCUUGCUCGACGCUGUUGAGUCACAUAACCUACUAGCUCGCCAUGCUGCUCGAGUCUUGAGGCAAAGCAUAAAUGAAGCUGUUACAUGAAUGUAUUUUAGGUUUUGAGAAUUUGUUAAACUAUCCAUCUUGUUAUAGAUACUAGGCGGCUUGACUUGGCAACUUGUCAUAAAGCAACAAGCUCAGGGAAGAACUUUGGCAUCCUUCAGUGUAUCGAAAACCUUGCUCAGGCGCUCCCAACUAUCCUCAUAUCUUAUUCAACAUUAGCAAGACUCAGCAUUUCCGAAAGGCGUUCAACUUACCCAGUCCAACC